AUGAGAAGAAGGUUCAGCCAGAAGAUAUCUUCCAGUGCUAUCAAGAAGUUGGAUGCUUUCCCGAAAGUUGCCGAUGUCUGCGUUGAAACCUCCGUCAGUGGGGGCACAGUUUCACUCUUUACUUUCACACUGAUGGCUGUACUAACUGUGGGCGAGUACUGUUAUUACCGGGACACCUGGAUUAACUACAGUUAUCAAGUGGACACAGAUAUUUCCAGAAAACUACAAGUAAAUAUCGAUAUUACAGUGGCCAUGAAGUGUGACUGUAAGUACCUGCUGAUGCUUGAUAUUGGAGCAGACGUCACUGAUCGAACGGGUAUGGAGGUCGGUGGGUCGGGGGAUUUCCAUUACGAGCCAACCCACUUUGAGCUCUCAGCUAAGGACAGGGCCUGGCAGAGAAAGAUGCAAAAUAUCAAUCGACGGCUGCAGAAGGAACACAGCCUCCUGGACACUCUCAUAAAGUCACCGUUUAGCAGGACAACUCCAGCAGAGGGCCCAAGAUUUGUCAGCGAUAGUACUGUUGUUGGACGAAUCACAGGCGGCGAUAAGUCAGCGCACCAGAGCGAGAUCGGACACCUGGAACUGUACAUGUUCCAAUACUUCCUGAUCGUAGUGCCUACCGAAAUAAGCACCUACACAUUCUCCACAAGCACCUACCAAUUCUCAGUCUCGGAGCAGGAGAAAAAUCUGGCAGGAAUGGGAAGGAAGCAUGAAGUCCCGGGUGUCCUGGUGAAAUAUGACAUCAGCUGUCUUAAGAUCUUGAUCUCUGAAGAAGGGAUGUCUACCAACCGGUUUCUCAUUCGCCUCUGUGGGAUAGUUGGGGGAAUAUUUUCCACUGCAGGUGUUAAAGGUCCCAGGAGGUUAUUUGCAAAGCAGAGGAGUUCUCCCUGGGAUGCUCGGUUAGAUCUUCCCGUAAUCAACACCACUUCUGCACCUUCCCAAGGGCUCCAGCUCAACAAUGAAGUUGCCGAUCCUUUGUUCCAGUAA